CAUACAAAACACAUAAUCAAGGAAGAGCGACAACAAGAUCAAACAAGUCAGACAUUGCAGCGGAAAAAGUCACAACAAAAGCAGUACAGAUGCGAAAACCGACUACAAGAAAAAGUAACCAACAGUCUUACAAGCGAUUUUGCAAGCCUUCAGCAUGCGCACGAUUUAGGUCACAAGCGUAGCAAACGCAUGCACGCCAAGACAGCGUUACAUGCUGCGACCUCAGUCGAAGUCAUGCACGCGAAACAAAUUUUAGUUAGCAAUAAAAAUUUAACGAUUGUCAAGAAGCAUAAAAAGUUGUAUACGACCUCUGCAACUACAAAUUUAUCGAAUGUGGAUACUGAGCUGAAAAAUAAGAUCAUGGCAUUACAAACCAAUACGAAAAAUGACCAUGGUUGUGGUGGUCAACAUAGGACUUGCUUACCAACUAUGAAUUCGAUACCUGAAUUCGGUGACGGUAGGAACAGUAGUUUGAUGUGUAAAUUCACAUAUAGGGAUCACAGCAACGGUACCGUUUCAAAUAUUUUUAAAAAAAAUCCAGAUUUAGUUAUUGAAAGUCAGAAGAAUAAGCAGUUAAGUUUCAAAAAUAGCAAGUUCUUACGGUGUCCCCUGAUUAAUUACCUCAAACCGAACACAAUAAAUACGGCCCAGAGCCACAUCAUUGAUCAUGCUUCUGACUUUCGGCACAAAACGCAAUUCGUACCAACUGACGUGGCAAAAUACCAAACUAAUACCAAUAAUAUGGGGCAGUUUUUCUUGGCGUCUGGCGACUCUAACUGUAGUCUUAGGAAACAGCUUAUAGUUGCUGUUGUGGGUUGCGAUGGCAAUAUACAGCAAAGAAACAGCGAUAAUUUCGAGAUUGGGAGUGCUGACAUGAGCAUUUCUAGCGAAGUCAACACAAUUGGAAAUAGAAAUAGCAAUGAGGAUCCCCAUGUUCAAAACAUGACGAAUAAUGUCCUUGCCGAAUUCGUUUUAAAAAACAAUGAUUCCGAUAAUAUACUCAUGAGGAGUUGCACCUCAGAGUUGUCCAAAUGUAAUGACAACAAUGUCGCUAUAUACUGUGUGCCCAAUAAUAAUCAUAUUAGGGAAGAUUUAAGAAAGAAAACGAAUAGUCCUCAAUGGCAGACACCACAAGAUGUGAACAUUACUGGCAGUUAUAGCCAAGUUGGCUGUUUAUUGACCAAUUCGCCCAAUAUACGGGGUAUUGACAACGCUGGUGUAAUGCACGAUAUGCUUAAUGAUCCUAUUGAACAGGUGUUUGCAGGUUUAAAUAAUGACAAUAGAAAUUGUGUCGAUCACAAAUUAAUGCCCAAAUACGUUCUAAAAUUGCACACGAAACAGUCGCAUGCUCAAUAUCAGCAGCAAAGGCAAUAUGCGAAUGCAGAUAUAACAGCCGACAAUUUGCGUAAUGCUGACUACGUGAGCGAUUGUGAGGAUAUACAGCGAUUGAAGUGCCCCAGUACCCUUAAAGGCGCGUUGACACUGCAGCAGGAGAUGGUGCAGCAAGACGAUCUGCAGCAAAAUAGAAGUGGAAAGCUCCUCGAUGACGAUAAUAAUACUUCAGGGAUUCCGUUUUGCGUGAGCAGCAUAAGUGUAAGCGAUUGUGUCGAAUAUUUAAACGACGAACUGGAAGAUCUGAAGGUUAUGUUAGUCUGCUAGCUGUACUUAGUGCUAGACUUUUGCAAGUACAGCUUCUAAGUUUGUGCAUAUUUAGAAGGUGCAGCCUACUCCAUACAAACAAAUUGCAGUAAGAGCUUCAAGUGUGUGGAACAAUGUGACUUAUCCGCGGCCGGGAUUGCCUGCUUUACUAAGAUAUUCCAAUGUAAGUAUAGGACUGCACAUAAAACUACAUUCAUUAAUAAAUCCUGCUAAGAAAAUAUACCAACGAAUAGUUUGUUGCCGAUCUGAAUCCUCGGAAUGGUCCAAAAUACAAGUCUGAGCAGAUUAGUUCUGAUGAUUGGUUAAUUAUAGUAUUGUUUGAGCAGUCUUCCAGGUUUCAGUUAUAAAACCGAUGUACUUAAUAUACAUUGCAUGGCGAGGGAAAUCUGCUUUCAUAAUGGCGAUAUUGUAGGAAGCCGUAAUCUUAUUUCCAACAAUCGCAUUUAUUCAAUAAAUACAUUAAAUAAAAUGUUUAGCAACAUUAAAAUCUUACUAGCUGACGUUCCUGCUAUAUGGAACGAUCGUUUUAAAUUAAACUCGAUAAUAAAGUUUGUAGUGAAAAUAGAAUGAAGACUCACGAGGGCGACGCAACAACAAAAUCAGUAUAGAUUUUAACGGCAGUACCUUAGCACAACAGAAGCCAAGAUCAAAUUUAGAACUUC